GGUCUAGAUUAUUCCACCUUCUCCAUCAGAGAUGCCUUGGGUCCUCAGACAGUCUUACUACAGCGUUCGACGACGACGACCAGCGUCGUUUCACGGGAUCGCACUCUUGCGAAACAGGAAGCCUUUCUGCCACGCAAUCAGGCGGAUGCAGCGCGAAAUCUAGAUGACGUCAGUUCCACAAGGUGAUUAUUAGCAACAGCUAUCGUCAUUAUACAGCGUAUUAAAUCACGAUGGCUCGGCACCGCAGUUGUCCAAUACAUCAGUCCUUUAAUACAAGUCUACAACACACACAUUCCAUUUCUCCGCUACUUCCAUUUCCAAAUAUGUCCGAGAGUUGCAUCCCUACCUGCCCCUGCUUCGCGAUCCACAAUACGUCAUCUGCUCAUGUCUAUCAGGAACACCGCUUCCCAGAUCCGUCCAUUGCAUGUGACACAAACCAUCAGCUCCUGCUAUAUGAUUCAACAUAUCCUUCUCAAGAGAUAGCCCUGGCACCUGUAGAACAGUGUUCCAAUGGGAACCAACCCAUCGAGUCUGGAAGCUUCUCAAGGACCGCAGGUCAGGGCUAUCAGUAUGACGCACUAUCCCUGGACACCACCUUCGAUCAUUCCUAUUUAACCACCGACGAUAACAGCGAAAUGACGCAUCCUACAUCGCCUCCCUUUUCUCUGGAUAGUUUUGACAGCACGCGUCCUCCUUGGAUCUGCCAGCAUCCUGAACCACGCAAUCGUCCCCCAUAUCCUUUGCGCGCAGUGCCUUUCCCUCUUACCGACUUGUUUCCUGGAUCUUCUUCCCUCACCGCACAAGAAGAGACAGUCGGCGUCUCUCAUUUGCCUCAGUUGAACGCUCAAGAAAGCGAGCAGCUUAACAGCUUCGGUGAUACCGCUGGGUUAUCUCGGUUAUCACAUCACAUUCCUACACACCUACCACCGCGCCCUUAUUCCGCAGAUCCCCCGCGUACCGGAGUCCUGGGGAAACGAAUCCAGGAUUAAUCUUACAGUCGCAGCACCGCAUGGUGCUCAGCCACCUGUGCAUCUCCGUGCACAGCACGCUAAGGUCACUGCCGUCGUGGAGCCAUCUCG